AUGGACGCAGAGUACAACUGUGAGCAUUACAAAACUCAGGUGCCGUCAGCGAUUUUAUGCCCUGUGAGUUUGCACAGCAGCAUGGUGUGGCAACGCGAUAAGUGGGGAACCCGUGGACAGUUAGAGCCCAUUCACAUGAGAGCCCGUACUAUAUCCUGCUUCCUUCACAGGGCCAUGGCUUCAGCUCCCAGGAUGAAGGACCAGAGAACAUCCCAGUGGUUCCCGGCUGCCACCCCUUGCGCCUCUUCCCCACAUCUUUGAUGCAGAAGUAG